AUGUCCGAGACAUGGGUUGACGAUACAUUCACCUCAAAUAUCUUAGACAUUCCAGUUGACUGUUCUCAAUCGAACAUCGGGAGAAGCUUUAUAGUCGCCUUUCCAAGUAACAAAGACAAAAGUAAAGAAAGAAAUUCUCUCGUGAUUUCGACUUCCUCCCAACAUGAUGUCAAUGUGGAGGUGAGAGAGUUCACCGGUGAUACCUUGACAGGUAUAGUUUCUUCCAAUACGAUUCUAUCAUUAAAAUUGUCUGAGAACUCCCGAUGUACCGGUUCUGGUCUUCAGGACUGCUCUGUAAAGAUCUCAGCACUGGGUGGUGAAAUCUCGGUAAUUGGAUAUAGCUAUUUGAGAAGUAGCGUGGAUAACUUCCUUGUGUUUCCCGUGGACAGCCUCGGCAACGACUAUGCCAUAGCUAGUUAUACUCCUACUUCUGCAUUCUCCUCAGAGUUCACUGUAACCGCUGUUUCUACUGUUACCAAUGUAACCGUGGAGUUUCCAGAGUUGAUCAGAGAGGAUAGAAUAACAAAAGGCUUGACCGCAGAUCUCAACUUUAUACUCAAUGCUGGUCAGACUUAUCAGGUCCAGAGUCCUCUGGAUUUGAGCGCCUCACGUGUUGUAUCAUCCGCACCUGUAUCGGUUAUCUCAGGUGUGACAUGCGCUAAAGUACCGGGUAAUGUCCAGGCCUGUGACUAUAUGGUUGAGCAAAUGCCACCAGUCAACACCCUAGGACGUUUUUUUUCUGUGUCAACUUACCAUGGGAGACCGAACAGCGGACUUGAUAUUAGAAUCAUAGCGACCCUCGAUGACACUCGUAUCACAUCGGAUUCAGUUAGCACCACUAUUGAUGCGUUUGAAUAUUAUGACUUCACCUCAGGCACUCCUGAUGCUUUUGAAUUUGAGACUUCAGAGCCUGUCCUUGUUGUUCAAUACCAGAGGUCUUAUGGAAGCGACAACCAAGGAGACCCAUCGAUGUCAAUCAUUUCACCAAAAGAGCAGUUCCCAGUAGGAUCGAUUACCUUCCCGGUUGCGAGUUCUUUCGUCUCUUCGAACUAUAUAGACAUCACUGUAGACACCAUGUAUGAGAGUGGGAUCCAAGUAGACGGUGUCUUAUUGGACUCGUCGACCGCAUCUCAUGUCACUACUGCAGUUUCUACAAUCUGGGGAAAAGAAAUAACGGAAGGAGUUCAUACCGUGAGCCAUGUUGAUCCAGACAUCCCAUUUAGCGUCACGACUUAUGGUUAUGAUACAAUACCCAAAAAAGCUUACGGGACAUUAGCAGGUACCUUCUUGAGACAAUCGGGCUGCAGACAGACGACUACUUCAGCACAUGUGACUGCAGAUACCACGGAUAUCUUUUCAACGACCGCGACAACCGAGUUAACUACAUUUGAAACACAGACUAGUAUAGUAACAUUAGACGGGUCGUCCCCAGGUGCUUCUACAACAGCUGACAUAAACCUGUAUGUAUGGAUGAUGGUUCUACUAGCGAUCUUCAAUUAGCAAGACUUCGUUUUACUUGAGCUGCUUCUAGAGAGGACUAAAAUAUCCUUACUGUGUUAAGUCGAACUGUGUUAGCAACAAACGACGAGCAGCAACACUGUGGUGUUUCUCUGUUAUAUUGUGUUGGAUCAACGGAGAUCUCUUCGUUCUCAGGGAAUUAACAGUUUAAUAUAAUUGUGUCGAGAUAUCUCGCAAACAGGCCUUAAUGCAUUGCUUGUUUUCACUCUGU